UUGACUUAAUCUCAAAAUCUUUACAAAAUAGCUCAAAGCAAGUUUCAAAGGAUCUUCAAGCUAGAACAAUUUCUAAGAAACAAUUUUUUUUAACGCGGUAGAGUGUUGCGGUCAACUGUACGACUUCUGCUUGCGCUGGCAAGAGAGCUUAUUUAUUUAGUAAUGUAUUUGACCAUGUCAGAGAAGGGGGAAGAAAGAACCAAAUGCAAAUUGCAGAAGCAUAGCCUAUAUAGAUUUGAAAAAUCGUGCGAUCACGCAGAGAGAGUUCCAGACGCAGUUGCAGUUAUGUAUAAUCUUUUCUAUUAUAUCUGAGAUGGGUAGCGAGGGUCAUGGACCGCCCUCUGAUAAGCCAGACUCGGGAUAUGACUUUGCAAUGCUCUUGUUUGCAAUAGCACUGACAAUCCCCUUAAUUGUAGCAAAUGGGGUUAUAAUUAUCCACCGGAAGAGGAAUUAUUUUCGUGCCUUGGGAGGAGUGGGUUUCAUUGUGGCUACCUCCGUUGCCGGGAUUGUAUGGAUUGCUGUGAAUUUCGUAACAAAUUUGCAUUUCACGCGAAGAGGAAUACUGAAUCAGUGUUCCCUGUGGACAUUUUGGCUGCAGCUUCCGCUGGGGUGUUGUCUGUGGAUGUCGCUUAUCUACUUGAGGCUGUAUCGCUUGUAUCUUCUUUCUACUAAACCUGACUGCACUAGCAUCCGCAAGCCUUGGUGGUUUUAUCUUCUACUUCUCUUAUUACCUGCUAUCAUCUUCUCUACCAUUGGAACCAUUUGCAAGGCCAGCAGCCGAAAUUUAGAGCCCAAUCAGAAUUGUCAACUUACUGGAACAUGGAAGUAUGUUACAUAUAUCACGUUACCACCUUUGUACAUAUCUCUAAUAGUCCAGUUACUUUUUCGGCUCCGGAAACAGACUGAUUUCCUAUUGAUGAGUGAACGCCGGCACACUAGUGAAUCUUCAAUGAUGGCUUUCAUGUUUUACCUUCUAGAUGCCAUUGUUUUUGUAUCUGAUAAACAGAGCAAUAUUGCAGGCCGUUGCUUCUUGACAUUCUGUGUAUGCUGGCUUGUAUUCAUGGAUUUCUGGGUCCGUCUGUGGAAGCCAGUAUACCUGUGUCUUUUCAAGGCCGAGUCUGAAAUGAAAAAGUUUGAAGAUGAACUUCGAUGGUGUGGUGCAGGUUUCUUUGACAAAGUAAAUGUUGCUACUGUUCUUCGCUAUACAACUAGGAGCAUUUCCAUUCCCUCUAAUCAGUUGCAUGAUGGUGAUUGGGUCCUAAGAACAAUGGAUCUAUUAUUUUCAGAAACUGCAGAGCGUGAGGAACAAAUUCAGGUGCUUGAACAGCAGAAAUCACGACUUUCUCUCAAGAUGAAGGAACUUGAGGAAUCUUUGUGCAUUUUGGGUCGAUCCUCUACAGAAACUGGAUCACAAAAAUUCAUGUAGUAGCAUCAUGUAGAGGUUGUUGAAGAUCCCUGAAAUUCAGGAAUUGAUGUUGCAGUUUGCCUUUCUGUAUCCACUGCUCUUCAUCUCACAUGAUUUAAAAUUGUUAUUUAUUUGAUCAUUGGAAUUGUCACAAGUUGACACUAACAAGGGAGAUGGCGGAAUGUAUAUAAUUUAACUUAUGCAAGCUAUACCAAUUGAUAUCAUGUUAACCUACAGCAUUAUAUUUGAUGGCCUAUUACAUUUACCAUCUCAGCCUUGAUUUUGUAGGAAUUACAUUUCUGUAACUUACAUCAACACUGAACAUUGUGGCCAAAUUAAAGAUUGAUCGUACAUUGUGUCUUCUAGGAUGGGGAAGGAAAGGUAUAACUUCUCAUUUCUCAAGAAUGAAGAGAAGUUAUUUACAAUGUCCUAAUAAAGCUUCCCUUGUUUAGCUUGUAAUUAUUUUUAGAGUAUCUGUAAAAUUAUCAUAUCAAUGAUUGUAUGCAUGAAGCAUUGCUAGAAUGGCAUUGUCAAAUUAUACAAAAGAUUAAUUACAAAGCAUGAAAGUGACAAUUACGGAAACUAAAGCUGAGAACUGCUGCAGAGUUGCACCUUCUGGAAUUAUGUCACAAAAAUGAUUAAGUGGGAAUGUUCUCAGUUAAAAAAUGUAAGUGCUGUCCCCGUGGCAAAAGAAGAUUAUUUUUCACUUAAUGGAGUUCCAUAUCAGUAACUGACUAUUAUACAUUUUUUCUACAUUAAAUAUCGGCAUUUUAUAAUAAGAAAAAUAUUCAAGUCA